UCCUCUCUAUUAGCUACUACUCUCUAUCUCGCUCUCGCUUUCGCAUCGAUUUGGCUGAGUGGUUUAAGACUUCCUUGUUCGUGUAAUUUUCGCAUUUGUUUGUCAUGGAUCAAGUUCCCCCAUUCCAGCGUAUAUGCGUGUUCUGCGGAAGCUGUGGAGGGAAGAAACCCAUCUACACUCAAGUCGCUGAGGAUUUAGGGAAUGAAUUGGUAAAGCGGGGUAUCGACCUAGUCUACGGGGGCGGAAGCAUCGGGCUUAUGGGCACCGUUGCCCAGGCUGUGCAGGAUGCUGGUGGCCAUGUUAUUGGGGUUAUCCCUAUGGCUCUCUUGCCGAAAGAGGUGUGCGGGAAGACUGAAGGAGAUCUUGUCGCUGUGGACGACAUACAUCAGCGGAAAUCGGAAAUGGCUAGCCGUGCGGAUGCAUUCAUCGCUCUCCCAGGAGGAUUCGGAACUUUCGAGGAGUUCCUGGAAAUCAUCACCUGGGCGCAGCUUGGAAUUCACAAGAAGCCAAUUGGUCUGCUCAACGUAGAGGGCUAUUACGACUCAAUGUUUUCGAUGUUCGACAAAGCAUUAAAGGAGGGUUUCGUCAACCAGGCAAGCCAUAAUAUUGUGAUUUUCGCACCCACUCUGGCUGAGCUGCUGGAUAAGCUGAAGUCAUACACUCCGCUUGUGGACAUUAGCGUGCCGGAGCUACAGUGGGCCACAGUUGCAAGCAGACCAGUCAAGCGGCAACACAAUGGUUCAUCUGGCACUGCAUCAUCUGCAAUGCGCGGAUCCACGACGGCUGCUAGUAGCGCAAGCGGCGCGCGAGCAUUUCGAGCGUUGCCCAACAUCGUUAGCCUUGCCACAACUGGCGGUAGGUGCGGCCUCGUAAACGACGUUCGGUGCUCCGGUUUGCUUCGUUGCUUCCAGCCGCCUCAUGCUCACCAAUUCAACAUCUGGGGAAAGCUGACGUCAAUCUGCGGCGCCUCCGGCGUCUCAAUGGCGGCAGUCCCAGCCAGACGCCCAGUGUGAACGCUAGGCCAGAAGCCUCAAAAGAAUAUAUAUAUAUUGCAGUUGGAAGAAUGCUAAAAUCGUACAUUU